GGAAAGCUUCCUGUCUUGGGUGGUGGCUUCAAACUUUCUCACUCGACUUCAUUCCUGUGUGUGUGUGGGAAUGAGAGACGGAAGAAAAGUCAUUUUAUAAGAGAGACACGUUGUGCGGCUGUAAUACGCGUUGUUUCAGCUCGUUGUGGUUUGAGUUCUCUUGUUCAGUUUCGUGCGGAGGGAGAGAGUUUUUCGCAGCACAGACUCAAUGCAGGCCAUCAAGUGUGUGGUGGUGGGGGACGGGGCUGUGGGUAAAACAUGCCUGCUUAUCAGCUACACCACCAAUGCGUUCCCUGGAGAAUACAUCCCCACAGUAUUUGACAAUUAUUCUGCAAAUGUGAUGGUGGAUGGUAAACCAGUGAAUCUGGGUCUAUGGGAUACAGCAGGACAGGAGGAUUAUGACAGACUGCGUCCCCUGUCCUACCCUCAGACGGAUGUGUUUCUCAUCUGCUUCUCCCUCGUGAGUCCUGCCUCUUUUGAGAAUGUUCGUGCCAAGUGGUAUCCAGAAGUGAGACACCACUGUCCAAACACUCCGAUCAUCUUGGUGGGGACCAAGCUGGAUCUGAGAGAUGACAAAGACACCAUAGAGAAACUGAAGGAGAAGAAGCUCACGCCCAUCACUUACCCUCAGGGUCUUGCCAUGGCGAAAGAGAUCGGGGCUGUGAAGUAUCUGGAGUGCUCAGCACUCACACAGCGCGGCCUGAAGACGGUGUUUGACGAGGCCAUUCGGGCUGUACUGUGCCCCCCUCCUGUCAAGAAGAGAAAGCGGAAGUGCUCCCUGCUCUGAGGAAACAUUGCUGUCAUCCAAACUGUAUUUUAGGGGAAUUUAGAAAUGAGACCAUGUUUUCAUUUUUCAAUUCCUCCCAUGUAACCACCAGUACAACUUUAUAUCAUCACAAAACAUUUAGUGAUAGAUGUUGUAAAAAAAUAUAUAUUAUUCUUAACCCAUCUCCCUUAGACACACACUAUUGUAUGACCUGCGGCCUUUGAGGGAUAACUGAUAUUAGCUAUGUUAACAACACCCAGAAGUUGGUUCCUUCCAUUGAGAACCAAUAAUAUUUAUUUACAGUCUUUGAAAGGAAUGAAGAUCUUGCCAAAUUGCACUACAAUUGGAAGUGGGCAGCAUUGUAUACACUCAAUUUGUUGCUUUUUACCUCUUACUUGCUGCAACCAUUUGGCAAACCAAAGCUAACGGUUAGCUACUGAGAAUUCAGCUUACCUCACACUAAAACAAGAGGUCCUGUUAACGGAAGGAUGAGGUGUCCUUCCAGAUUUUUAUAUUUCUUCAUCAUCAGGGUUUGUUAACACUAUUUUAUGAUUUGUCUGGGGGUUAUACUGUAAUUUGAGGCCGCACUCAUUUCCAUGCUUUAUGUCAGUGGGGGAAUAUCAUGAAAAACAUGUCCAGGGCACAUUCAACCUCAAAAUCUAAGAAAUAUAUUUGCAAGAAGAAUUAAGCCUAUUUUAGGACCUUUUUUGUAUUGUGACCAUUUUUAUGACAAUAAACCUAAUUUUUCCACCCAAAUUUUCAUUACCAUAAUGUGUUCAGAUAAAAUAAUAGCCCGAUGUUCAGACGUUUAACUUUUUGUAAUUUCCAUUAUACUCAGUAGUGAUUCCAUUUCCAAUUACUGAAAUACAUAAAUUAAGGUACUACAGGUUGAUUUGAUUUUUUCUUUUUAAACACUACAAAUACUAAACUCUAUACUAAAAUCUUUAAAUAAAUCUUUUUUCUUUGCCAUUAUAAUUUGAGAUUUAAUGGAAAAUGUGGUUAAUUGUCAUGAAAAAUUGUCAUAUUUCCAAAAAUUCCAAUGGUAUUAAGAUGUGUUAAAUUGUUAGUGAAAUGCUUUAUUGUUGAUUUUGGGGUGAAAUAUGAACCUUAACAGAUAUUGUGUGAUUCACCCCAGUAUGUCAUAUUUCAGCUGUAAGAGGUAAUGACAGAUUUCCAAAUAUCUGCAUCCCAGUUUUGAAGGUCCUAUAUAUUCGAUAAAGGCUGCCUGGGUCUGGAAUAUCAAAUGGAUCAUGUGGGACUUUAGUGUACAGGUAUAUCUGAUAAUCCUUUAAUGGUCUGGGUAUUUUAAGUGCACCCUUUACAGCCAUAUAGAAAUAUAUAUAUUUUUGUUAACAGCAUAUUUUUAGAAUCUUUUUUUGUUUGUUGCUAAUGUUACAAAAUAAAGAAACACUACAGGGUUGUUUAUGUGGAGUAGGUUUAUCUUCAAUUCCCAUUAUAGUUCAUCUUAUUUUUAACUAACAUUUUAUUCAUGUACUAAUAACAUUGUUACCUUGUUUUUAGUGGUAAUCAUGAUGUCACUUGUUUUUCAAAGAUAAUAAAACAAUCUAUUCAGAUUAAACCUUAAAGCAUUUGGUUUAGUGAUAGGCUUUAAAGUCGACAUGAAGAGUUUUGCAACACAUUUGACUUGAAACAGAAUAUUGGACAAAAGAUUGUAGAGCGAGACUUUGCCCUUUAAUGAAUUGUGCACAAUAAGACCACAAAUGUGUAUUUAGGAAGUACAGUACAUGGGGUCAAUUCUGAUUGCAUAUUGACUUCAAAUGACAUAUGUACUAUUAAUGAAUGAGAAUUGUUUUUUUUUUUUCUUAAUGUGUACUAUUUUAUCAAUAAUGCAAACAUUAAUACACUGUUGCCUUGGGGCUGUUUGUAACCCAAAACAUAACAUGGCAAUAAAUAUACAGUU